AUUCAGCUAUCUAGCUUCUUGGUGUUUUUGUUCUUUUGGGGCCCGUCCCGCUCUUUACACAAUUCAUUUAGAUUAAUUGAGAACGUUAGCUAAGGAAGAAAGGUUGGAAUCUCGCGUGAAAGUGGUGCCAUGGAGAUCUAAUCGUUGCAAGAUUGAAGCAAGAAUUUUAACUGAUAAUGCCAAGACAAGAGCGACCACUUCGGUGAAUUCUAGUUCUUGCUUGUCCCUUUCGUUUGUGUAUUUUGGCCUUAAACCAAGACUCUAUCAUAGUUAGUACUUUUAGAAACAAAGCGUGACCGACGCAAAUCUCGAAAACCAAAUGAGACUUUUUGCGUUAGGACUAUUUCUCUUAUUGACCUGGGUAACAGAAUCGUCAGGAAAUAAAAGAGCCCAUCAUAGUUCCCAUUCUCGUACCCAUGUGCGUCGUUCAGUACAUGAGGACCAUGGUAAAACCAAAGAUUCUUCCAAACGCCUAUACGAGAUGUUGGUGAGAAGGAACAUACUGACAAGACGAAGAAGAGAACUCAUGACAGGUCCACCCACGAAAACUAAGGUGGAGAUAAAAUUCAAAAAGAAAUGGCUCGAGGAAAUGUCCGACAGCCAGAGUUCUCAGUAUAAGCUGAUGGAUGGAAAUAUUGUUGAUGCAAUAACGACAGAGCUCAUUGGGGACACAAACUACCUCAGUUCUGCGGUAAUGACGUUAAAAAGUUCCAAUGAACCUACCUCAAGCGUUUUAGCAGACAUCGAGCUGCAGUUUGUAUCGGACGAGCUGGAUCCGGUCAAACAUCUCCGCGCCAUUGUGUCAGAUGGACACAUCUCUGGGAUGAUGGUCUACCCAGAUUACUUUGUUGUCUUGGGAGGCAACAACAACCCGAGUGCCGCUGACCAACAGAACAGUAAUGUAGCACCCACUCCCACUCUAAUACAAGAUUUCCCUUUCGAUGUGAAAUUGCAGUUAUCUUGGCAUCCCUUCCUUAGCGAUACAAACAACCCUAAAACGAAGACUUUGAGUUCUUCCAUAGAGAACACUCUGAAGAAGUUAUUCGCUGGUGAUCAAUCGUUCAUUGAUUCAAAAGUUAUCGGAUACAAUGAAGAUCCUAAUGGAAAUCCCCAUGCAAGAAUUGUUCUUCGAUUUAAACCAAAUACAACAGACCCCGAGGAGAUAUUGAAAAAAAUGGUAGAAACUGGUCAUUUGGGAGAGGUGCCCAUCUUUAAUGAUUAUCUGAAUGGUCAGAUGAAUCCAACCCAGAACCCUCUCGUCCCGCAACAUGACGCAGUGCCCCAGCUGAAUGCUACAUCAACCCCUCAGGCAGCCCCUGCUCCAGCUCCUGCCCCCGCUACAGUUCAAGCAGUACCAUCACCAAUGGCUCCUGCCCCCGCCGUCCCAGUCGCGAAUACCACAGUGGCAGUAAAUUCUCCCGCUUCAGUGGCACCUCAAGCCCAACCCGCGGCUGCUCCAGCAUCUCCAGCCACUCCUCAGCCCACAUUACCCCAAGACCAGCCCGUGCCCACCAAUCCACAAAUUCCGUAUGCACAACCUGGCGAGGCUUUGAAUGGAACAAUAAAGUUAAAUGAGUCGUGGUAUGAUUACAUGGGAAAUACCCAGAGUUCAACUUUCAAGAUAUUAGCAGAAGAUAUUGAACAAGCGAUAAGAAACGCAUACGAACCGUACAGGUAUACGGUAACAUCAAAAGUUACAGGACUGAGCAAGACAAAUGAUAAUGAAGUGCUAGCUUCAUUCACGAUCACCUUCCCCCCCGGACAGACCCCGACUCUGAUGCCCUUACAGCAGAUCGUACAGGGGGGUCUUCUUGGUGGUAUCCCCGUUUUUCGUGAUUCUGUCCUGGAAGCAGGCAUGGCCACAACACCUUCACCAAUUGCAUAUGCCCCAACAAAUCCUUCAUCAGCCUGGUCGAACAACUCUUUGUCUCAAGUCUAUGCCGUUCCAGCUGAGAACAUGACGGCUCCUGCAGCUUAUCCCACUGCCUCUCAAACAUUCAAUGCUACAGCAGCAACAGCACCGGUUAUUGAAGCCGCCCCAAUACCUUCAGCAGCUGUGUAUGCUCCGAUGGAGCCGGUGUUCAAUGCUACGGCAGCCCCAGUGGAAGUACCGACUGCUUCUGUCACCUAUGAGCAGAAUACUUCAGUAUCUAACGCUUCUAAUGUGGCAUCUGAUCAGUAUGGGCAAAUAUCUAACAUUCCAACGCAGUCUUCAGGCUUGGGUAAACUUUCCACGCCACCUGGCUAUACGGGAGGACUUAUACCACUACCGGCAGGAAUCCCCAAGUCAUGCUCAGAAAUCCGUGCAUCUGGAAUUGGGUCACAGGACGGGGAGUACGUGAUUCAAGCAAGGCCAGACUGUCACUUGAACAUUAUUUGUCAGAACAUGGACGAACCAAACCCAAUAGAGUUCCUUGGUGGUCCGGAACAAAGAUACUGGCUUUAUUGGCAUUAUGCAAUCCUUAUUAGGCUUUCAGCAUACGACAAACAACACGUAGAUAAAAGAGCUUGCCUUGAAAAUACUGCGGAUGGCCGCUCAUUUAUUCAUAAGGUGAUGGACGCUGGUGUAAGGCAAGGUAAUCCUCUCGUUCAUUGGAAAACCAACAUCAAGCACAUGAUAAAAAACUUCAUCGGAAAAAUGAAGAAAAAGAGAGAGCUGAGAGAAGAUGUCACUCUAAGUACAAAAGCUAUGAAGAUUUACAAAAGAUUUGCGCCGUAAACAGAGAGGAAAACAUGUCACCGUGAAGACGUUGUGUAGUGCACUCUAAAUAUUUUUCAUCUGGUUUAAGAAAAGUUUAGAUGGAAACAAAGAAAAGAAGGAGGAAUAUGAACAUGUAGAUUUUAUUUUCAACAAGCAUUAUUAAUUUUUGCUUAACCUUUCCGAGGCCCGUUUAAGAUUCAAUUAGACCUUAACUUGUUUUUACCCCAUACGUUUCUUUAAACAUAUCUUAUCAAUCUUGUGCACCUUGCACCUGGAAGUCAUUUUGCAGAAACAUUAUUACGCUUUGCGAAACUUUCUUCAAAACUCACUACGAUGAAUUUAUGCACAUUACCAUGACCCUGAAGCAAACGCCGAGGUUCACCCUUUGAAAUCGAAUUUGGAUUUAUUAAUUACUUCACAUCAGUUCAAGUUGUUGGAAUACUUUCAUGGUAGUGAUGAAGCCCUAAUUAAUUAGAUUUAUUUGAAAAAAAAAGUUUGAAUGAGUUUCUCUUGUUUUUAAAAUCGAGUUCUAGCUUUCGAACAGUCUUAGGAAUAACAUUUGCCAUGAGGAAACUCAGCGGAGUUACAUCUACAGAAUCUCACCUGGUCCAAAAAUUCAGGGGAGUCAAUCGUUUCUACAUGAAAAAUAUCAUAACAGUUAACUUCUCAAGUUUCUUUUAAUUGCCCACUUAAAUGAAGUUUACUCAGUUAAAUGUACUUAAAAGUAACGUCUCCAAAAAAAUUUUAAAGUAGAUGAAUAUUGCUAAGAGCCAAGACAAAAACAAUUAAAAGAUUAUUUUGUCUAGAA